UCAGACCAAUAACAGUGUGCUAUACAUAUUUUUGUAUUAAUACUGUCUAUUAAUGACAGUAACCCCCCCCCCUCACUCUGACUACAGUAUGAACUCAUUACAUUGUCUCUUUUAGUUCUUAAACAAUUAACUAGUUUACUCCUUUAAUUCAUACAUUGAGACAGCUCAUUACAUGUACACAUGAGACAUUUUAAGGUAGUGUAUCACAUGUCAUAUGAGUCAUGGACAAGUACACUAAACCUCAUAAAUGUUCAGAAGAUAAUUAUAAUCAAUUAUAUUAUGAAUGAAAAUAUAAAAAAAACAUACAAAAUAUUUGUUUCUCAAAUUACACAUAAAGUGAAGAGACAUUAGGUCUAUAGAAGAGACAGAUGGAGCUCAUCCGUCUGUGACUACAGCCUCUCCCUUAUAUAUAUAUAUAAAAAGGAGAAGUUAUAAAUAGCUUUGUACACUGGAUCCCACUCAACUCUUUAGAAAUUACUGUAUGUCAUGCCAAAUCUAGGCUAAACUCUUCUUACUCUGUGCACUGCAUGGUGCUUUAUUUUAGGCUCUACUUAUGCCACCAAGCUGCUUCAGAGGUGUGGUGUCAGCAUAAGAAUCAGUCUUAAGUAUACGUGUAUCUUCAUUAUACAUUGCUUGAAUGCUGAAACAGGUCUUUAACAGUGCUCUUACAUACUGUAAGUAUUAAACUGAAGACAGAAGACACAAAUCUUUGUUUUUUUUAAUUCAGUGCUGACAGAGUACAGGUUAACAGAGAAAGUAACUUCACAGUUGACCUUUUAAUUAACAAGAAGAAUACUUGUUCUGUGUGCAGAAAAGCAAGUGUAAUCAAGAAACUGUGAACUUUUUUUGUGAAAGAAAUAAUUCAGCUAAUGAAUCAUAAGCUCUGAAACUUCUUCCUAAUACUCAAGAGAUUUGCUAUCUGAUCUGUAAGAAAAGUGCUAACAGCUGCAGUAAAUCCUGUAACACAGUUAAACCGAAAUGUCUUACUUACCAGAGGUGCUUUUAUUUGUCAAAGCAGGCGCAGAUGGUAAACGCUAUGGUGCUUGUCCUUUUUGCCAACGCAUAUUCAUGAUUCUUAUGGUAAAGGCUAGAGUUCAAAAAUUGAAGUUCAAGGUAGCUACAGUAAACCUUGCCAAACCACCUGAAGAAUUCAAAAAGUUUGGACUACGUCGAGUACCAGCAAUUGUGCAUGCAGAAAACUCCAUUGAUAGUGUUGAUGAUAUCUUACAGUACCUUGAUGAUACAUUUCCUGAGAAUGAACUGAGCUACAAUAACCCUGAAGCAGAAAAGUCAUGUAAGGAUAUUUUUCAGAAAUUCUGCUUUUUUAUAAAGGAAGUAUCCAAAAAUAGCAGUCAUCUUAUGUCAGAGUUAAAAAAGCUUAAUGAAUUUCUUCUUUCUAAUGAAACUAGUUUUCUUUGUGGCAAUAACAUUUCUCACCUGGACUGUGAAGUUCUACCAAAGCUACAUCAUAUUCGUAUAGCUUCCAUGUGUCUAAAGCAGUUUGAGAUUUCUUUGGAUUUAAAGGGACUAUGGCGUUAUUAAAAAGCUUACACCAAUGAUAUCUUCAUCAAGACUUGUCCUUCAGACCAAGAAAUCAGCCUACACUGGGCAGACAAACCUGAAACUCCAAACUUCACAAUGGAACAGCAUGCACAAAUUACUAAAGAAGAAGCACGGUAUAGCUUAAGUGUACCUCCUGGAAUUUAAGAAGUAACGAAUGGCACAAUGUUCUUUGUAUAUGUUGGAAAUGUUUGCUUCUAAUAUACACAUAUAUUUAUUAACAAUAUUUAUCAAUGUUGACUUGACUAACUUAUUUUCUUUAAAUUCUGUUUGUGUCACUUGGUAUGUAGAAAAGUUUACAUGCUACUAGACGCUGAAGCUGGCUUUUAAUAUUAAAUUAACAUACGAGUCAAGGAAAAAAAAAUAUGCUAAACUGUAAGAUUAUAAGACAGUUUAUAUUUACAUUUUCUUAUUAAAACUAUAUUAAAAGACCAUGUCUUAAAGUAUCAAACUUAAAGCUCCAUGCUAAGAAUGUUCAAUAACUAUAAAUAACUGUGAUAAUUACAAAAACAAUUAUUUAGUACAAAAGUAUGUACUGUACCUGAUACGACCCUUGUGGCUAUAUUCCACCAAUAAAUGGCACGUUUGGUAUAAAACAAGGUUUUUUUACUACCAUUGUGUUUAAUAACCUAGAAUUUUAGGUUUUAAAAGCAUCUGGUUACAAAAGUGAUAUCUUUAUAAGCAUCACUCUACAAGUUAUUUUCUUAUUGGAAUUUUCUGUAAGGCUAUUCUUCAAUGGAAUUUUAUCAUAAUCUAAAAUGAUCUAUUUUGGCAAAUUCUUCCAAAAUGUAUUGAGGCCUAUAGUGUACAAAUGCAGCAUUAAUAUUUAUGCUUUUUAAUGAUUUGGAAAUUUUUAUAUAAACUCUUAAACAUGCUUAAGACAUUACUAUUUAUUGUUACAUCUAUUUUGCUGAGUAGAUUAAUCCAUACAAAUUACAGAUAAAAAAUUCAAAACUGCAUAAACUUAAAGAUCAAUGAAAAUAAGGCCUACCUCUUUUUUCAUUUAUCAAUGUUAUAUUAACACAUUAAAAUAUACACAUGUUGAUUUUCUGAAAAAUACUGGGCUUAUAUUA